AUGAUAAUUAUUCCUGGUGUAUUAAUUUUGGAAUCAAUGGUUACAUUUUGUGAAAUGAUUAAAAAGUCCAAUAAGAUCGAUAAAGUGAUCCCAGUAAUUGACAAUUUGGUUUUACAUAAACCAUUCGUGAUUACUGAAGAACAACCAACAUCGUAUAUUUUGAAAUUAGAUGUUAAUAAUAAUAUUACUUUAUAUUCAUCGAACAGUUUUAUCGAAGAUGAUUUGGAAGAUCAUGUUACAGCUCGUUUAAUGGUUUGUGUUGAUGAAUCAUAUUUAUCUAAACUUGCUGAAUAUCCUGAUUGGGCAUUUGAUAAAAAUAAAGGAAAAUUCUUUGAUCAAACCUCGUUACUUUAUGAUAAUAUGGCUAAAUUAGGACUCGAAUAUGGCCCGAAAUUUAGAACAUUACAAUCUGCAACCGUUUAUCAAAAUGAAGCAGUUGGUGAGCUGAAACUUGCAUUGAUAGAUGAAUUAUGGGACACACAGUUUAAGGUUCAUCCAUCAAUACUAGAUGGAGCAUUACAUCUAGUUAGUUUAGUUAUAGUUGCUAAUACAUCAGAUACUGCUUUAAAGUCUAUUCAAGCAAUGGUACCUUAUAAAAUAUCGAAAAGCUUCCUUGGAAACGUAGAUAUCACUUGUUUAGUUCAUUGCCAUAUAAGAAUACUUGAAAUUUCUAAAGAAUGUGUAAUAGUAAAUGUUUCUAUUAUACAACAAGGAAAAUGUGUUACGUAUCUAGACAGACUAACAUUGAAACAGCUGAACAUUGAACAAAAAGUAGAUAUUCCUAGAGAACUAUUAUGGUGCUCUAGAUGGGAACUUAAGAAUGAUUUAUUAAAAGCGGUAAAUCCAGGGCAAAUAUACAAAGUAAUUGUAUAUUCACCUAUUAAAUAUUCGACUAUACUAGAUGUUAUUUUUGAUAAUAUAAAAAAUAAGACCAAUUACAAAGAGUUAUACGGAAAUAUAAUAAUCGAAAUCACUAAUUCGCUAGAAGAUUUGACUAAAUUUGAUGAUUUUAAUAAUACUACAGAGAACCAAAUUAUUUUAUACUGUGAUAGCCUAUUCCAAGAAAUUAGUCCAAUAGAAAUACUUGCGGAUUGUUUAGAUUUAACAAAAUGGUCGAUAAAACAUUCUCAAGACGCUAAAACCCAUAAUAAAGCUAGAUGUGCUCCAAUAUAUAUUUUUACAAAUUCGUGUCAAGCAUUAUACCCAGAUUUAUCUGAUAUCAUAAAUCCACCUUAUCAUGCCGGCGUUAUAGGUUUUUUUAGAAGUGUUAGAGCAGAGUCUGUUAUGUAUGGUAAUAGACAUCAGAUAACAAAUAUAGAUAUCAAUUCACUACAAGAUAUUAUGCCUAUAAUUGCAAAUCUAGUAAAUAUAAGAACGGACGAAACUGAAAUUGUAUUCAGAAAAAUUACUAAAGAAACUAAAGAACUCGUUAAAAAUAUUAUUGAUAAACCAGUGAUUCAUGAGGGUAUUCAAUUAGAAAAUUAUCUAGAGUAUGAUAGCAAAAAUAGUAUAGAUAAGUUAGAAAUUAAUGGACAAAGUAACUCGAUUGAUUUGACUGAAAAUAAUGAAUUACCAGAAAAUACUAUAUUUUUGUUUGGUAGAAGAAUUGCAAAAAUAAAGAAACGAGUUAUAGGUUAUGCUGAGUUAUACAUGAAGUCAAGAGGAUCAAUUAGUAACCUUGUCAUAAGAGCUCAGUCAACAAAAUUAGUUUUACCUCCAAAUCACGUUAAAAUACGUGUAUUCUCUAUAGGUUUAAAUUUCAGAGAUAUUCUUAAUGUCAUGGAUUUAUACCCUGGAGAUCCCGGACCAUUAGGAGGAGACUGUUCUGGUAUUGUUAUUUCCGUUGCUGAAGGUAUAACUGAAUUCAAGGUUGGUGACAAAGUUUUUGGUAUUGCUCCUGGUUGUUUAAAACAUUAUGCAAUUACCGAUCGUAAUUUAUUAUGUCAUAUCCCUAACAAUGUUUCAUUCGAGUUGGCAAGUACACUUCCUGUUGCAGCUGGUACAGUCGAAUACGCUUUAGUUGAUGUUGCAAAAAUUAAACCGGGACAAACUGUUUUAAUUCAUGCAGUUACAGGAGCAGUUGGACUUUACGCGUUUCAGUUGUGUAAACUUUAUGAUUGUAAAGUUAUUGGUACUUGUAGCGAUGAAAAAAAGAUUUAUGCUAAAAAUAUCGGAGUCGAUUUUGUCUCUUGUUCCAGAAAUAGUAGCUUAUUCCAAACAGAAGUGAAAAAAUACUUGCAAGGAAAUAAAAUUGACGUUAUAUUAAACUGUUUAAUAGGAGAUUUCAUUGAUAUAUCAGUUUCCUUACUAUCCAAAACAGGAGUUUUUCUCGAAUUAGGUAAAAGAGCAAUAUGGUCUGAUGAACAAAUGAAACAAUACGCUCCAGGAGUAAAGUAUCACAAAAUUGCUGUUGAUGUUAAAAUGAAUCAAGAUAGAAAAUGGUUUCAAUCAAUUCUAUGUAGAUUAAAAGAUCGAUUUGAAAAAGGAAAACUAAAACCGAUUGCUAUGCAUUUAUUUAAUUUAACAGAUAAACAAAAUAACGCAAUAAAAGCUUUUAGACUAAUGCAAAGGGCAGGUCAUAUUGGUAAAGUCGUAAUUAGGAUUCCUUCUUCAUUGGAAAAACUAUCUGAUGAAACAAAAAAUCUUAUAUCGACCCCUGAAAAACCUUUGUUUAAUUGGUCUCCCAAUCAAACAGAACUAGGUUUUUUAAAUACUGUGCUAAUUACAGGCGGUACUGGUGCUCUUGGAUUGUUAUUAGCUAAUGAACUGAUUUGUCUAGGCGUCAAACGAAUAAUACUAAUUUCCAGAAGCGGUUAUACGAAAGAAUUAGAAACUAAUCCAAGAGUUAUACAAUUACUGAAAAGUUCAUGUGAAAUUGAGUUUAUGGCUUUAAAUUUAAGUUCAUAUAACAAUGUUUAUUCUUAUCUCAAAACAUUAAAAAACAAGAAUUAUUCAAUUGAUGCAAUAUUCCACUUGGCUGGUGUGUUGCAAGAUUUGGUUAUUGAUAAACAAAGUAAAAAAAGUAUAUCUGUAGUGUACGAAAACAAAGCUGGAACAGCAUGGAAUUUGCACAAUGCUUGUAAUAAUCUUUCCAUUUCGCUGCAGCAUUUUGUUAUGUUCUCAUCAAUAAGCAGCUUUUUAGGAAAUUAUAAACAAACAAAUUAUUCAGCAGCAAAUGCAGAGAUUGAUGCUUUGGUUCAGCAUAGAAACGCUUUGAAACUACCAGGACUCUCUAUUCAAUGGGGUGCUUGGAUUGAACAAGGAAUGGCUCUGGGCAUGGAUAAGAUUCUAGAAACGUCAGGUUUGCCUGGCUUGACCAACGAUGUGGGAUUAAGAGCAAUGUUAGAAGUUUUAAGUGAUGCUUCUAUAUCUACAAUAUGUGUUCAAAAUUUCCGAUGGAUGCAAUAUCUCCAACAGUAUGAUGCUCCACCUCCACAAUUUACUGAUGUAUUUGAAAAUUCUGGGAAUACACAAGAAAUGGAUCCAAAUAUUACUAAUCUUUCGGGUGAGGCAAGAAAACAAUAUGUUUUAAAAACAAUAAUUGAAACUGCCUCAUCAGUGCUAGGUCAGACAGAUUUACCUCCGUUAGAUGCUCCACUUCAAGAACUAGGAAUAGAUUCUUUAGGGGCGGUUGAACUAAGGAAUUCUUUACAAUCUAAGCUUGGAGUAAGAUUAGCAGCCACUGCUAUGUUCGACUACCCGACUUUAGCAUCUUUAGGAGAUCAUAUUAAUGCACUAGUAGAAGAAAGAUUAGCUCAUGGUAUAACUAAUGCUGCAAAUAAAGAAUACUGGUAUAUGCCACCAAAACUAACAAGUCAUCAAUCAGAUGGGGUAGCAAUAACUGGUAUAAGUGUACAUUUCCCAGGUAACGCGCAUUCUUUAGAGGAGUUUUGGAAUUUACUAAAUAAAGGGUUUUCAGGCGUUACUGAUAUACCAGUUGAAAGAUUCAAUAUAGAUCAAUAUUAUGAUCCUACACUAUCAAAGUUCGAUUCAAUGUCAAUUCGUCAAAGUUCUUUUGUAUCUCACAGUACUUUAUUCGAUCCCUCAUUUUUCCAUAUUACAAGUGCUGAAUUGAAGAGUAUGGAUCCUCAGCAAAGAUUGAUGCUACUUCAAGCUUAUUUAUGUACUACUACUUGUGGAUAUUCAAAAGAAAAUUUACAAAAUCAGAAUAUUGGAUGUUUUAUUGGUUGUUGUAACUUUGAUUGGCAUUAUUUGGAUCAAUUCUCUGAUUCGCCUUAUGCUGGAGUAGGAGGUAGCGCAGCAAUUGUCUCUAACAGAAUAAGUUAUGCUCUUGGUCUUAAAGGCCCUUCAUUGACGGUCGAUACGGCUUGUAGUAGUUCUUUGGUGGCAAUAGAUAUUGCAAUAAACAAGAUUUUACAAAACGCCUGCGAUAAGGCCAUUGUUGGAGGAGUUAAUUUAUUAUUAACGCCGCAUUUGUUUUCAACUUUUAGUAGAGCUCGAAUGCUUGCUCCAGAUUCAAGAUGUAAAACAUUCGAUGCGCGUGCAGACGGUUAUGUAAGAGGAGAAGGUUGUGCGGCCAUAUAUAUUGAAAAAUCAGCAGACGCAUAUGCUUCAAAUAAAUAUAUUUAUGCAAUUUUACGUGGUUCGGCUGUAAAUCAUGAUGGUACAAGUGCUUCAUUGACAGCUCCAAAUGGACCGGCACAACAAAGCGUUAUUAAGUCAGCAUUAAUUGCGUCUAAUCUAUGCCCGGCAAAAAUAUCCUACAUCGAGGCUCAUGGUACAGGAACUGCACUUGGAGAUCCUAUUGAGUUAGGAGCUAUAAAAGCUAUUUUCGAAUUGCGAGAAGAAAAUCCAAACCCAUUAAUUAUAGGAGCCUUAAAAACUAAUAUUGGCCAUUUAGAAGGAGCUGCUGGGGUAGCUUCUUUAGUAAAGGUGGUUCUUUGCUUGCAGAAAAAAAAAGUACCACGUAAUUUAUAUUUUGAAAAUAUUAACCCACAUAUAGAUUUGCGAGGUGUAAAUUUUGUAUUUCCAAAGAAAACUGUUGAUAUCGUAUCGAAUAAUACCGUAAUUUACGCCGGUUUAAGUUCGUUUGGAUUUGGCGGGGCUAAUGCUCAUUUAGUAGUCGAAUCUGUUCCUCAUCAGCUACAAGAAGCAACUAAAAUGAAAAGCCCUAACUUUAAAAAUUUAGAUUUACGAUCAUAUCCAUUUCAUGAACAGCUUCACCCAUUAUUAGGACAUUACACUAAACAAAAUGGAGACAUCCAGAAUAUUUGGUCAUUCUCUAAUCGAUACUUUGAUAAAAUAUUUUCUGAUCAUUGUAUAUUUAACGUACCAGUUGUGGCUGGAGUUAUGUUAUUGGAAUCAAUUGCAGCGGCUUAUACUGCAGAACAACCGUAUGGAAGAACUAGUUGGACCGUAAUGUCUGAUAAGCCAGUGUUCUUUUCAAAGUUUGUUUUAAUUCGCCCUUUAUUAGUUCCGGCUAAACGAGACGCGAGAAACUAUUUGAAAGUGAAAUAUCACAUUAAUAAAAAUGGUGAAUUUUCCGUAGUUUCUGAAGUAGAUAAUAAAGGAAAUACGUUUUUUGAAUUUGCAGAAGGAUUGAUUGUAAAUGAAAACUCCAAUGAGAGAAACGAAAUCAUUGAGAACUGUAGUAACUUAUUUGAAGAAAGUAAAAUAUGUGAUAAAGAAUUACAACCAAAUAAGUUAUACGAUGAGCUAGAAAAAGUUGGAUAUAACUAUGGACCAACAUUCCAAACCAUUGAUAAUAUAAAACUUGGUCGUGGCAUAGCUGUUGUUCAAUUAUCUCAGAAAUAUAAGAAUCCAAUUUGUCCGGACGGUGAAGAAAUUGGGUACAGAAUUUCUCCACAGAUGUUGGAUGGGGCUUUUCAUGUUGUUGGCGCAAUUCUCGAACUUGAAAAUCAAUUGAAUAAUUCAGAGGUAAAGAACAAACAUUUUGAAGAUAAAAAAAUACUUGUUCCGUUUUUAUUCCAAGAUGUAUGGAUUCAUCCAGUAGCACAAAAAACUAAGUUAGAAGCCGUGAUUAAAUUAAAGAAUUUCAACGAAAAUUCCGUAUCCGUUCAAAUAGCAUUUAGAAUAUUAGAAACAGAACCAAUGAAUAAUAUUUUUGAUCUAUUUGCUCAUUGUAAUGAGAAGAACAAAGUUGUAGGUUUUAUUAAAGAUUUGCAACUAAGAUUAAUUGAUUUUAAUGUUUCAUUAGAAAUACCAAACCAAAUACUAUGGAAAGUACAAACUAGAAAUAAAUUAUUAAACACUAUCUCAGUUAUAAGUGAUUUCCCUGAACCUCUUGUUUCUAUUGGAACUUCUGAAGCGUCAACACUAACUUUAGAAGAAGCUCUUGAAGUUAACUAUGAAACUUUGAAUACUAAAAACGGUGAAUUUUUAGUUUUAGGUGCGCCAAAAUUAUGGAGAAGAUCGUACGAAGGAAAUGAAUUAUGUUUUUGGUCAGUAAAUCAGUUUGGUGAAGAUAUGAAAAAUUUCGAACCUGAAUGUGUAAAAUUUUCUUCGUUAAUUUACAUUGGUGGACUUAAUCAUGUUAUAUCAGAUGUUGAUGUACUUACGGAAAUAGCGUCUAUUUUUAAUAUUUUGCAGGAUUCGCAUAAGGAUAAUUUGAAGAUUCCACCUUUACAUAUAUUUACUUAUAGACAAUCAAUGGAAACAUGCGACCCAAACGAUAAAAAUCCCAUUUUAAUGCAUAGUGGAAUUGAAGCGUUUGUCAAAUCGAUUAUGUUGGAAAUAGAAAGUAGUUCAGCGAUAAUCAUUGAUGCAAUUGUAUGUGACAUUUCUAUAAAAACAUUCUCGGAAAUUAUUAGAGCAUCGAGAAUAUUACUAGAAAACAAAGAUCUAGAUUCCAGUUGUAUAAUAAAUAACGACGAAAUCUUUUGCAAACGAUUAGUUCCUAUCGAAGCAAAGCCAUCUGGAAUGUUAGAAGUAUUAAUGAAAGAAAGAGGAGAAAUCUCCAAUUUGAAAUUAUCACCAUAUUCUAGUAUUAUGCGAGUUAAUCCCGCAGCGAAUUUAGUAGAAGUGAGAAUUAGAGCUGUAUCAUUGAAUUUCAGAGAUGUAUUAAAUGUUCUUGAUUUAUAUCCUGGUGAUCCUGGCUCAUUAUGCUCAGAUUUUGCUGGUGAUAUUAUUCGUAUUGGCUCAAAUGUUAAAAAUUUCAAGAUCGGAGACAGCGUUUUCGGAAUUGCUCCGGGCUGUUUGAAACCAUUCUGUCUAACGGAUAGUGCAAUUAUUAGUAAAAUUCCCGAUAAUAUUUCAUAUGAAGAAGCAGCUGCAUUGCCUGUUAUUGGUACAACGGUGCUUAAAGCGUUUUCAAAGCUUUAUACAAUUAAAAAAAAUGAUAAAGUAUUAAUUCAUGCGAUUACAGGUGGUGUAGGGUUGUUUGCUUUGAAAUAUUGUUUGUUAAAAGGCGCUAUAGUUUAUGGAACAGCUGGAAGCGAAGAAAAGAAAAAGUUUGCACUAGAUUCAGGAGCUUAUUAUGUUACAACUUCAAGAGACGCAAAGAAGUUUUCUGAGGAUAUGAAAUCUAUUCUUGACAAUGAAAAACUUGACUGCGUACUUAAUUGUUUAUUCGGAGAUUACAUUACUUAUUCCCUUGAAUUAGUUAAAAACGGUGGAUCUUUCUUUGAAAUUGGUAAAAGAGAUAUAAUCACUCCUAACCAGAUGUCUGAAUUAAGAGCUGACUUAAACUACCAAAUCAUAGCAAUUGAUGACGAUAUUAAAUUUAAAAGGAACUCAUAUACUAAAUUACUAAAUGAAGUAACUGAAUUUAUUUCGUCAAACAAUAUUAUUCCUCCAAUAGAACUUUAUAACAUAAAUAGUAGUGUUAAAGGAGUUCAUCAAGCAUUUGACCAAAUGAAAAAUACAAAACAUAUAGGUAAAAUUGUUAUAUCAUUUCCAACCAUUGUAUCUAAAACUGGAUUUACUGAAAAAGAUUAUAAUUAUCCAAAUCAUACGAUCACAAGUUUAAUUACUGGUGGUUACGGUUCUCUUGGUCUUCAGUUACUUAAUUGGCUAUUUGAACAAGGAGUGAGAAAAUUCAUUAUAAUAUCUAGAACAUGUGCUGUUAGUGAAGCAAAUGAGGAAACAGAUCUGACCUAUCAAACAAAAACUUUCAGUUUGAUAACGUAA